AUGGCUGAACCGAUACCAAUUGUAAUUGGGUCUCUGUAUCUUAAUGAGUGUCCGCGGCAGCCCUACAUCCCCAUCUACCUGAUCGUGGGGGGGGUCUUUGGUUUGAUGAUUGCGGGGCUGUCCUGCAUCGGCUGCACUCAGAGGAUAAACAACGGUCCUCUCAGCGGAUUCUGCACCACCUGGAGUUCACUGACCUUUCUCUUCCUGUUCUGCUGGUUAAUUACUGGCAGCGUGUGGAUCUACUCCAUUUACAAGCCAAACUACAGCAAAAACGCAACGAGUCCGGAGCUGUACUGCAACGAGCUGCUGUACCUGUUUGCCUUCUGGAACACCACGGUGGUCUACAUCCUCCUGGGCCUGCUGUUUGUGGUCCUCUGCUGCAUCAUACCCUGCUGCGCGUGUGGCCUCGGUGCCGCACUGGCUUACUCAGUGCAAAAGUGA